AUGUCUCUACUGGAGACGUCCCACCGGAAAAAACAAUCCCCUCCUGUCAAUAAUCGCCAGUCGCGCUCGUGCAAAGUGUGCCGGCUCCGCAAAGUCAAGUGUGAUCGCGUCAAACCCUGUCAUGCCUGUUGUGCUCAUGGAUACCCGUCUCAGUGUGUCUAUGAAGCCAUUCCUGGCGAUGAGCCUAUCUCGCAGGCCGAUGAGAUCCGUAAUCUGCGAGCAGAGAUCCACGAGCUAAAAUCGCGGCUCGAUAAUAGAGACCAUUGCAUCCGGAAUCAACAACGUUAUGAACAUCUCCGGCAAUUCUUCAACUCAAUCCGCUUCGCGCCGUUGCAAGAAGUCGAUCAUAUAAUCGGCAAUAUCCGAAACCCUCGCCGCGGGUGGAGGCGACCAAAUGGGGCGGUCGGCAAAGACACAGCAACCCGUGCAAUCAACAGAGUGUCGUCGGACGAUGAGGAUGAGCUAAUCCCUCUAGGCGAUGGUACCUGGAGCUACGGCAGUAGUGCCGGCGGCUGUAGCAGCAGCAGUAGCAGCAGCAGCAGCAGCAGCAGUAUCCGUAGCACUCCGUCUGACGAGACCGAAGCAUCAUACGGUCGCCCUCUGUCUCCUUUCAAUUCGAACAUAUCUGCCAUCGACGUUUUCGUAGAGCGUUUUGUGGAUGCCUUUAGUCCUGAAGUCAACGCCAAAGCAGGCCAGGCGGGUGCUUUGCGUCGGGCUGCUGAGAUCCGCAUGUUUUCUCCCAUUAUCGGGGAUGCUUUUGAUGCCGUGUCGGUGGCGUUCUUUGGUCGAUCAACCCAGGAUCGUCAUAUUGAAGCUGCAGGCUUCCAAUUAUACCCCAAGGUGCUGCGCAAUCUGCAGCAAGCGUUGCUGGAUCCGGAAAGGAGCAAGGCCGAAUCGACCCUGGUAACGGUCAUUCUGCUUAUGGCCUUUGAGAGUGUUGAGCGGACGAGUGAUGCAGGCGUCGUCGCUCACCUAAACGGGGCUGUUCGAUUGAUCCAGCAUCGAGGCCCAGAAAAUCACAUGUACGGCGUGGAGCAUCUGCUCUUUACUGAGCUUCGUCCGUACUAUGUUGGAGCUGCUCUGGUUGCUCGUCAGCCGUCGUUCCUUGCCGAAGAAGAAUGGAAAGCCAUUCCCUGGUCGGCCGGUACGACCAAAAAAGAUAUCUUACACCAUCUGCUCGACCUCGCUGUCGAGAUCCCAGCCCUUUUGGGUCAGUCUGACGACUUCCAAGCAGCUAUUCAGCAACCAGGAAUGCUCAGCCCACAUGAGAAAGCCACCAAACAAGCAGCUCUCUGGAACGGUGUUGCCGACUUGACCGAUCGUUUUCUCCAAUGGAAACGCAACUGGGUUGAUCAAUAUCCGGAUGGCCCCCCACGCGAAGUUGACCCCUCAACGCCUUUCUCCCCGAAAGAAGACGAUGAACCUUUCCCGAUCUUUCAUUGUCGCGACCUGCGCACUGGUGCUGUAUUUGCCCCUACCAAAUUCCUUUACCCCGACCUCCGCCUCUCACAGACCAUGUGCGUUUACUAUGCUUUCCGUCUCAUCCUCUCGACUGUUGAUUCGCGUGCACCGGGUCAAGCCAUCAGUCCAGUGGAGCAAUACGCACUGGGUUGCGGUAUCUGCCGUAGUCUGGAAUGGUACAUCCUCACCGCGCCGGGGAAUAUGAUCAAUCGGUUGGCGUUCCCUGUCCGCGUUGCUUGGGAAGUGUUUCCCGCCGGUGGGCCCGAACAGCGCUUUUUGUACGAUGUGCUGAAGCUGGUGGAGAGGCGGCAUGCGCUAGGGUUAUGGGGGAGUUCCAUGCCGGAACUAUCACCCAGGACGGGGUCACCACCCAGAUAG